AUGUACAGCGCAAGUUCUCCCGAUGUGGGUGCGGACGCGAUGCGGUACAUUCAAUCAUAUUUCGAGCAAGUCCAUCCACUAUACCCUUUUCUUGACCGGAAGAUGUUUGAAGACCGCGCUUUCAGCCCACAGCUGGCGCAUCAACUUGCCACCGAUAAGAGCUGGUCUGCGCUUUAUCAUGCAGUGCUAGCAAUUGGCUCGCAGUACCACAACCGAGGUGGCUUCGAGCCGGGCAAGAGCCAAGCAUGGAAGUACUUCGAGAUCACUUUCUCGCUCUGUCCGGACUUGCUUAUCUUUAAAGCCUCUCUCACAACGGUGCAAGCCUUGACUGCAAUGUUAGAGUCCAUUACCGUUUCUCAAGCUGCCCGCAUGGCACAAUCCCUCGGCUACAACCGCGCUACCGCAUCCAGCGACAAGUCCAUCCAACGCACCUUCUGGGUCCUCUACUGCAUGGAGAAGACAACCUGCUUCUACACCGGCAAGACAUCAGUGAGACCUUUCCUCCACGACUCUCCCGCGCGCGCCUCAGUACUCACCAGCCCAUCCAAAUCACAGCUCCUCAGCGACCACGACAUCGGCUUCGCCCCCCCCAGCCUCCCCGAACCCGCCUUCGGCGGCUUCGACUGGCUCGUGACCUUCUCGCGCUACGGGCGGCUGGUGUCGCGCAUCUACGCGAACCUCUUCGCCAUCAACGCGGCGGGCAAGCCGGCGGCGGCGUACUACUCCAUCAUCGACGAGCUGCGCGGCGAGCUGGAAGGCUGGCGGGACGCGAUACCGGAGCGGUUUCGUCCCGGCGGCGCGUUCAGGGUGCGCGAUUACAGCGGGCCGCCGGCGACGACGCUGGCCAUCUUCGUGCAGUACCUGUACUUCAGCGUGCUGCUGGCGCUGUCGCGCGGCACGCUACACGUCGCCAAGACGAAUGAGGAGCAGGGCACGAGGCACCAGGAGGCGAAGAAGGAGCUGAUGCAGACGGCGAGGAGGAUUUUGGAGCUUAGCAGGCAUAUUGAAGUGGAGCCGUUUAGUCAUGUGUGGGUUCUGGUGUUCAUGCCUCUGUCUGCGCUGUUCAUCCUGUUUGAUUUCGUCGUGCAUAAUCCCGUGCACCCCGAGACGAACAAUAACCUAGCGCUGUUGGAUAUUGCGGGUGGCCAUUUCAGCCAUCUGGAAUACGUCAGUCAGGGCACUCUGCCCGCUUCGCUGGCCGCUGAGUUCGCACACAUCGCUCGCCAGUAUGUGCAAGACUUCCGGAUGCAGCAGUAUCAGAGGAUGAAAGGUUUGGCGAUGCCGCCCGCGGCUGACCCAUCGAUUGGCGCGUCGCAUCCAACCCCGGCAACAACAGCGAUGCCUACCCCACCACGGUCAGUAGGCGAGGACUUGUGGAGGCUUACCGGUGUCAUGCGGGCUUCUGAACACCCGCAGUCAAACGAAACGGUGAUGCCUCAGACCAACCAGAAUCCGGGUGAUGGAAGCGCACCGUCUUAUCCGGGCUUGGAGUAUACUGAUCCGCUUGUGUUCUCACUCGGGGACGAUGACGUCUCUGCGCCGACGGACUCCGAGCUGGGCAUCGACAUUAUGGAUCUCUUUGACGUUGAACUUUCGGAUAUCUGGUCGUUAUCGGGCAUUGAGUUUGCAAAGACUCCAGCGGCCACGCUUCCCUCCAAAUCUACGGAAGAAUGCGGCGUGAGAACGACAACGUACCCUUCCAUCAAGAAUGGGCCUCUCCCUGCCGACGGCGCUGGCAGCGAUAGCUUUUCGAAUACGCUCUUGAUUUCUCUUCUGAUUGUCGUCCCGCUCUUCAUCGCCCGCGGAUCUCUUCUCGGGACCCUUACGUACGGACUCAUGACGGCGAUUCCCAUCCUGGCUACAUAUUGGUAUACUGUCUCAAAAUACUCGCCGAGGAAGAAUGUUAAGGCUACCUUCCCUGGCAGAGGUGUAGAGCACUACCUUCACUUCCAUAAAGCCAGUGAUCGCGCGAAGUAUCAAGGUCAAGCGAAGAUUCCUCUGGAGACGUUUCACGAGAUGUAUUUUGCAGGCGAUGUCGAUCUGAAGGGAGACAUGCUGGAUAUUCUGGAAUACCGACAUGACUGGGCCAGUUUCCGUUUCACGUUGAGCCUCUUCAAGUUCUUCUUGACGGGAAUGAUGCCCGAAGUGAUACUGCAUACACGAUCUCAAGACGAGGAGCAGGUCCGAGGCCACUACGACCGCGGUAAUGACUUUUACGCCUGGUUUCUUGGACCCCGUAUGAUUUAUACAUCCGGCAUCAUUUCAGAUCCCAACAGAGAAGAGACACUCGAGGAACUACAAGACAACAAGCUGGCGAUCGUCUGUGAGAAGAUCCAGCUCCAGAGAGGGGAACAAGUCCUCGACAUGGGUUGCGGAUGGGGAACCUUCGCCACCUUCGCCUCGGCCAAGUACGGCGCGUGUGUGACCGGCAUCACGCUCGGCCGCAACCAGACAGCUUGGGGAAACAACCUUUUGCGAGAAGCGGGCAUUGCUGAAACACAGUCCCGCAUCCUCUGCAUGGACUACCGCGACGUACCCCGCCCUGCCGACGGCGGCCGCUACAAGAAGAUUGUCUGCCUCGAGAUGUGCGAGCACGUCGGCAUCCGAAACUUCAGCAGCUUCCUUCGUCUUUUGCACGACCUGCUCGAUGAUGAUGGAGUGCUGAUACUACAGUAUUCCGGACUACGGAAGUAUUGGCAGUACGAAGAUCUGAUCUGGGGACUCUUCAUGAACAAAUACGUCUUCCCUGGAGCCGAUGCGUCAACUCCGCUUGGAUUUGUCGUCGAUCGGCUCGAAGGCGUCGGGUUCGAGGUCAAACACGUGGAUACCAUUGGUGUUCACUACUCGGGCACCUUGUGGCGGUGGUACAGAAACUGGAUAUCGAACCGCGAGAAAGUCGAAGCAAAGUAUGGGAAGCGGUGGUAUCGCAUCUGGGAGUUCUUCUUGGCAUCUUCGACGAUUACGUCGCGUCAAGGGGGUGCCACCUGCUUCCAGAUCACUCUUGUCAAGAACAUCAACUCGACACACCGUAUCGAUGGCGUUGGAGAUCCGCAGGACAUUCUUCUUUCAUCGCCCGAUCAUAGGGGCGACAUCUCCUCCUUCCGCACGACUUCUGCUCCCCAUUGGAAUGAAGCUUCCGCAGCCUCCACAAAACGCAUCCAACCCCCUCCUCCCGAGAGCAACAACACACUCCAACACGCCACCACACCCAGGCCCCUCCUCCACCCGCGGCCACCACCAUUCCUCAACCCCAACCCCCUCCCACCCCGCGACACCGUCCUCGUCCACCACUGGGUCACCUUCGUCUGCGCCAACAGCGUCCUCGUCGACAGCGCGACCAACUUCUUCCGCACCAUCUACACGCCGCUCGCCGUGCAGCACCCCAGCAGCAGCCGCACCGGGUCGUCAUCAUCCGCCCCGCAAGCCGCCGUCUACCACGCCCUCUGCGCCGCGGCCGCGUACAGCCGCGCGCGCGUCUGCCCUCUGUCCGCCUCAUCAUCAUCGUCAUCCGCAUCAUCGUCAUGGGCGACCGACGACGAAACUACUACGGCUACGCGCCACGAGACGGCCGCGGUGCGCCUGCUGCAGCACAGCCUGGACCCCGCUGCCGCGACGACGACGACGACGACGCAGAAGGAGGCCGUGCUCGCCGCCAUCAUUCUGCUCACCCUCGUCGACAUCAUCCGCGGGACGACGGCCGGCGCCUGGCGCGCGCACAUGCGCGGCGGGAAGUCGUGGAUAGAGGCGCUGGGCGGCGCGGCGGGGUGGGAGGAGGGGAGGAAGAACGACGUUGAUGGCGGCGGUGGCAGCAGCACGCUGGCGAGCUCGGUGUUGUACCAGCAGUUCCGCGGCGGGGCGGUGGUGGCGAGCUUGCAGGAUAGCGAGGGCGCGGAUGAUUACAGUCCGGAUGGCGGAGGCGAUGGGGUGGUGGGUGGAGAGGCGGCGUACCAUUUGGACUUGCUGUAUGGGGUUCCGAAGGACAUGUUUGAGGUGCUGGUGAGAUUGAGGAAGGUGUGUGCGGCGCCGGGGGGGAUGACGGAGGAGGAGAAGGAGGCGUUUGAGAUGCGGCUUUACUUGUCGGUGCCGUCGUUGGAUGCGUUCCCGGUGCAUAGGUUUGGUGGGGAGGUUAGCAGGAUGGUGCAUCUGCAUACGGCACAUCUCUUUUACUAUGCGAUGCUCAUCCAUUUCAAGAGGAGGUGGAAGAGAUGCCGCAGCACGCUCUGGGCGUGA